AAAGUCAGUCCGAAAAAUAAAAAUAAAAGCCAAUUAUUUAAAAAUCAAAAUGCCUGCUCAUUUUGAAGAUGACAUUGUUAUUACGGGUAUUUCAGGUCGUCUGCCUGAAUCCUCAAACAUUGAGGAGUUUAAAGAGAAUUUAAUGAAAGGAACAGAUAUGGUAACCGAGAAUGAUCGCCGUUGGUCAGCGGGCAUCUACGGGGAGCCGCCUAGAUUCGGCAAAAUAAAAAAUCUUAGUAGUUUUGAUGCCUCUUUCUUCAGAGUGUAUCCUAAGCAGACACGCGUCAUGGAUCCGCAGCUUCGUCUUAUGCUAGAAGUGACAUACGAGGCAAUAAUUGACGCUGGCAUCAAUCCAUCAAACUUAAGAAAAUCACGUACUGGCGUGUUUGUCGGUGUAUCUUUUUCGGAUGCAAAUCAUAUAUGGAAAACAGAAUCAAACGAAUACAGAGUGCUCGGAUGUUUCAAAUCAAUGUUCGCCAACAGAAUCUCUUAUUCAUUUGAUUUUAUUGGACCCAGUUACACAGUGGAUACGGCCUGCUCCUCGUCCUUGACUGCUAUGCAUCAAGCAGUCGUCGCGAUACGCACCGGUGAAUGCGACUCUGCUAUCGUCGGCGGAUUAAAUAUAAUACUCGAUCCAGCGAAUACCAUUCAUUUUCAUCAAUUAAAUAUGCUGUCCAAGGAUGGCAAGUGUAAGACAUUUGACACCACGGCUAACGGUUAUGUGAGAUCUGAAGCAGUGAUCGCGAUAUAUCUGCAGAAAACGAUGGAUGCACGCAGAAUAUACGCCAAGGUGAUAAACACGGCAACAAAUACGGAUGGCUACAAACCAGAAGGUAUUACCUAUCCGAACAAUGACAUUCAGUACUUGAUGUUGCGCGAGUUAUAUAACAAAGCGGGAAUCGAUCCAAGAAAUGUGGUUUAUGUAGAGGCGCAUGGUACCGGUACCCAAGUUGGUGAUUCUCAAGAAGUAGAUGCCAUCGAUAGACUAUUCUGCAAAGACAGAAAGACACCGCUGUUGAUUGGCUCCGUCAAGUCAAAUAUGGGACAUGCGGAACCCGCUAGCGGACUGUGCUCGAUCGCUAAGGUGUUGAUCGCGAUGGAAACCGGUGUAAUCCCCGCAAAUUUGCACUUUGCUGUUCCAAAUCCAAGCAUCCCAGCACUAACCGAGGGACGUAUUCGUGUCAUCGACAAAGCUACGCCAUGGAACGGCGGUCUCGUUGGCAUCAAUUCGUUCGGUUUCGGCGGUACAAAUUCGCACGUCAUUUUAGAUAGCAAUCCGAAAGCAAACAUAUCAUCCAUGACAAGUACUAUCGAACCACUGCCGAAACUAGUCGUCGUAUCGGGCCGCACAAAAGAAGCUGUGCAUGUGUUACUAGACAAGGCAAAUGAGCAUCGACAAGAUAAUGAGUUCUUGUCUCUAUUACGCGCCGUACACAGUGAUAACAUAUCGGGACACAACACUCGCGGCUACGAGAUACUUGCUCACGAUGGUAUGCGCGAAAUAGCCCAGGAAAAUUAUGAUGAGAAACGCCCCAUUUGGUUUGUAUUUUCCGGCAUGGGCACUCAAUGGCCGGGCAUGGGCCGUGAACUGCUUGGUAUUGAAACAUGCCAUCGAAGUCUGCGUCGAUGCGCGGACGUAUUGAAAAAUCACGACAUCGAUCUAAUGAAUAUUAUAAUGAAUGGCACCAACGAGACAUACGAGAUCGUAACAGAUGCUUUCGUAUCGAUUGUGGCAAUCCAGAUCGCUCUCAUCGAUAUGCUGACAUCCAUAGGUAUAAAACCGGAUGGUAUAGUUGGACAUUCCAUCGGCGAACUGAGUUGUUCCUAUGCUGACGGUGCGUUUACGCUAGAACAAACUAUUUUGGCAGCCUAUUACAGAGGCAAAUCGAUCGUAGAUUCUGACUUGGAACCAGGCGAUAUGGCAGCAGUCGGUUUGAAUUGGGAAGAAGCCAAAAAAAUAUGUCCGUCCGAUAUUAGUUUAGCUUGUCACAAUUCCGCGGAUUUGGUCACCAUUUCCGGCCCGUCCGAAUCUGUACAGAAAUUUGUAGAAGUGCUGAAGAGUAAAAAUAUCUUUGCCAAAACGGUCAAAUGUUCCGGCAUCGCCUUUCAUAGCAAAUACCUUGCCCCGGCUGAGUCCAAGCUGCGCGCCUUGCUCGACAUAAUUAUACCAAAAUCAAAACAAAGAUCUGGCAAAUGGAUCUCCAGUUCAAUACCUAAAACCGCAUGGGAUAGCUCACUUGCACAAUUCAGCUCAUCAGAGUAUUUUGUGAACAAUAUGUUGUCACCCGUGCUCUUCAAAGAAGCAAUCGCGCACAUUCCGGAUAAUGCGAUAACUAUCGAGAUCGCGCCGCAUUGUCUGUUGCAGGCGAUUUUACGCAGAUCGCUACCAUCGACGGUGAUCAAUAUCAGCCUUCAAAAGCAGAAUCAUUCAAACAAUCUGAUCUUUCUAUUGUCUAAUGUGGGAAAGAUGUACAUGGCCGGCGCGCAACCCGAUAUCCUGAAAUUGUAUCUGUCGGAUACAGUUAGUUUUCCCGUUGGUCGCGGAACACCAAUGAUCGGACCUCUAAUCAAGUGGGAUCACUCUAGUACAUGGGAAAUACCGGUUUACAAGCACGAGUCAGAGGGAUCGUCGGGAGAGCAUAUUGUGGAAAUAAAUCUAUCGAGAGAAACGGAUGCAUAUUUAGCGGGACACAAAAUCGACGGUCGAGUUGUUCUUCCAGGCCCCCAUCUCGCGCUCAUGGUUUGGAAAACCUUCGCGAAAUUACGCAACAUUUAUUUCGAGAGACUUCCGGUAAUCUUUGAAGACAUGUGGUUCCAGCGAAUCACCUUCUUGCCGGAAAAGAAAACCGUCAAAUUAUCGAUAAAAAUCAUCGAAGAAACAGGAUAUUUUGUGGUCCGUGAACUCAAUACAGUAAUUUUUAGCGGUAACAUACGCACUGUAGAGCCCAGUGAAAAAGAUGAGCUGAACUUGCCUUUGCUACCGAUACCGCCUACCGACAAAGAGUUUUUAUUACCGUUGAGCACCGAGGACGUUUAUAAAGAACUGAAGCUGCGCGGAUACGAAUUCAGCGGUUUUUUUAAAGGGAUAAAAUCCAUCGACAGUUAUUGCACUGUAGGCGAGUUAUUUUGGUUCAACGAAUGGAGCUCAUAUAUAGAUAAUAUGUUUCUGCUUAAUCUUAUAGCCAACGACCGGAAAUUAGUGUAUGGAUCAAAGAUUCGAUAUGUCGCGAUUGACCCCGUUCUUCACAAACAAUUGGUCGACAAGUUACCAAAAGAUGGCGGAUUGCCAGUAUAUCAUAACAAGAACGCUGAUAUUAUUAAAUCCGGCGGUAUUCUAAUCAAAGAUAUAAAGACUACCGCAUCUCAACGACAGCAGAUUCAAACUAAACCCAAGUACGAACGUUACGCGUUCGUGCCUUACGAAAAUUCGUACAGCCUAGAUCUGGAAAAUCAUACGAGAGGGAAAGUUCACGCACUCACUGUACUCUUAGAAGUUAUGUGCGAGAACUUAACGACGUUUAAAAUUAAUGCCGUUGAAAUUGCGAACAAUCAAGCCCCGAAUAGCCGUUUGAGACCAUUUAUAUUAGAUAUUAUGCAUGAAAAGCCUUUAUUUACCAUUAAUCUACAGGAAGACGUCAGUUCCAUCAAUGAUUACACGACUCGUUUUAAUCAAAUGAACGUGAAGGUUAAAGUUACGAUGCCGGAAGCGAACGAUGCAAUCCCUGCUCAUAAUAUGCAUCUUUUCAUAGCGGCGAAUGUACUGUCUGGACGAUCUUGCACUAUUCUAAGAAAUCUGGCUGCUAACUUAAGAUCCAAUUGCUUUAUUCUUUUGGAAGAAACUACUAUACCACUCAAUUUAAAGAUUAUACUGAAGGAAGCGAAUCUGACGUUAGCUGGAAAACAAAUCGACUCCUCGGGAAAAAUUUAUCUCUUGUUAAAGAAGCGAAGGAAAGGAAGAGAACUUAUCGUUGUAUAUAUCACAGAAAAAAAUUUCUCAUGGUUGGAGAAUGCAAAAACAGCGCUAAGAAACUUAGACAGCAAGAAUCAAGAAGUGCUCUUUGUAUCUCAAGGCGAAGAGUCACUUGGUCUAAUUGGAUUUAUAAACUCCAUCCGGCACGAGACUACAAACGUGCGUUACGUCUUCAUUCAAGAUAAUAACGCUCCCAAAUUCGAUUUAUCCGCAGAGUUUUAUGUGGAGCAAUUGGAUAAAGAACUAUCGGCUAAUGUGUUAAAAGGGGGUCAAUGGGGCAGCUAUCGGUAUUUGCAAUUAGAUUGCCACAAUGACGUGCAAGUGGAGCACGCUUAUGUAAAUACACUAAAGACGGGAGAUUUAAGUAGCUUGAAGUGGAUUCAAAGCCCAUUAACAUACUGUCAGACAAAAUAUAUAAAUACACUCUGCAGUGUGUACUACGCGUCCUUAAAUUUCAAGGAUGUUAUGCUAGCGACUGGUAAACUAUCAACAAACACCGUCUCAUUAUCAAGGAUGGAGAAGAAUUUAUUAGGACUUGAAUUCUCCGGAAGAGACGCGAACGGUAAUAGAGUAAUGGGUAUAGUUAAGACAAUGGGAUUGGCGACCACCGUGCUACCGGAUACCGAUCUUCUCUGGAAAGUACCCGACAAAUGGACAUUGGAACAGGCGGCAACAAUACCGGUCGUUUACGCGACCAGUUACUAUGCUUUAUUUGUACGAGGUCAAUUGAAAGCGGGAGAGAGCGUGUUGAUUCACUCCGGUGCGGGCGGUGUCGGUCAAGCGGCAAUCGCCAUCGCGCUGCAUGCCGGCUGCACAGUCUUUACUACUGUUAGCACGCUGGAAAAGCGGCUGUACCUCAAGAAAACAUUUCCGCAAUUGACCGAUAAGCACAUCGGUAAUUCCCGAGAUUCGAGUUUCAAACAAUUGAUUCUUAACGAGACCCAAGGACGUGGAGUCGAUGUGGUGCUAAAUUCGCUUGCAGAAGAGAAACUGCAUGCCAGCAUACAAUGCCUCGCGAUCAACGGUCGAUUCCUCGAGAUCGGGAAAUAUAACAUAUUAAAUGGCAACCGCAUAGAUAUGUCGAUAUUUUUAAAGAGCAUCGCUUUCCACGGUAUACAGCUAGAAACGCUGUUUGAGGAUUGCGCGGACAAGCGAGAAACGAUUAGAUUUGUUACGGAAGGAAUCGAGAACGGUGUGGUGCGUCCGUUACCGACAAAGGUAUUUCGGGAGGAAUAUCUCGAACAGGGAUUCAAAUUUAUGGCGACGGGAAAGCACAUCGGCAAGAUAUUACUGAAAAUUCGGGACGAGGAGCAGCAGAAGAAUGUGCUGCCGAUACUAAAGACGAUGUCGGCCAUACCGCGUACCUAUAUGAAUUCGGAGAAAUCAUACGUGCUGAUCGGCGGUCUCGGUGGAUUUGGCCUAGAACUGGUUAAUUGGAUGAUCGCCCGCGGCGCAAGAUUCAUCAUUCUCGUGUCCCGUACCGGCAUACGCACCGGUUACCAGGCAUUCCGCGUGCGACAUUGGCGUGAGAGCGGAAUCAAAAUCAUUAUCUCUACAGCAGAUAUCACGACGUUAUCAGGUGCCGAACGUUUGAUUGACGAGAGCAAUCGGCUGGCUCCGGUAGGCGGUAUAUUUAAUUUGGCCGCUGUGUUACGCGACGGUUUCUUUGAGAGCCUGCAAGUAGCCGACUUCGAAAUGGUAACCUUGCCAAAAAUCAACGGUACAAGAAAUCUGGAUACGACGUCGAGAAAAUCCUGUCCGUCAUUGGAUCACUUUGUUGUGUUUUCGUCUAUAUCGUCUGGCAUUGGUAAUCCGGGUCAAUCUAAUUACUGUCUUGCGAAUUCAGCUAUGGAAAGAAUGAUGGAGCAGAGACGUGCCGCUGGUUUGCCCGGUCUUGCUAUUCAAUGGGGUCCUAUCAAAGAUGUCGGCUUAUAUGAAGAUACAAAGAAUAGAAACAUCUAUACAGGCGCUGUUUUAAUGCAACAUUUAUCCAGCUGUUUUGCAACCAUGGACAUUUUUCUUCAACAACCGUACGCGGUACUAUUAUCCACGGUGAUAGCCGAGAAAUCCGUGAAUAACAGCGACAAAGUUGACUUCGACCAAAUCAUUCGCAAUAUCCUUGGUAUUGAAAAUGUCUAUUCGAUAACUCCCGAUGACAACUUCGAAAAGUUAGGUAUCGAUUCACUGGCUUAUAUGGAGAUAAAACAGAUUCUUGAAAGGGACUAUAAUAUUAUGUUAUCGUUCCGAGAGAUGCGUGCCUUGACUGUAAAUGAAAUGCGAGGUUUAUUAGCAAGCGCUGUAUCUCGCGAUUUCUUAACAAGUUAGAAGAGAAUGCAAAGAGGAUCGCAAGUCUCUAUACAUACUUUUUAACUUAAAUAUUUUUCUUUUAAAACUUUUCUUUCCAAUGGCUUUCCAAUGUGUGUGUAAAUAUAAUGGUAAUUACAUGAUUUUUAAAAAUGAUGAUAGUAUGAUAAUGAUAUGGUAAUGAUAUGAUUUAAAAAAAACUAUUUGAUAGUCAUAUGAUUAAUCAAAUGAUGCUAGUUAAUAAGCUUCGUGCCCUUGGUAUAGGUGGAACUUUCUUGGACUGGCUCUCUCUAUCAAUCUUUAUAACAAAUAAAAAUUCAAAAAUUGUAAAAUUGUAAAAUUCUUUUUCUAGGAAUAUCGCGGUUUUUUCGAGGAUCCUUCAAGGAUCUCAUUUGGGUCCUUUAUUCUUUAAUAUAUUUAUUAACGACUAAAAGCAAGCCGACGACUUAAAGAUUUUCCGUCGAGUCACUAAUCUAUUAAUGCCUCUUACCUACAGCUACCUAGAUCUUUUCUCUUUCCAGAGAAAUAUAAAUCUUAUUAUGAAUGCUGCAUUCAAGAGACUUUUGGUUUUGUAAACCGGUCGUGUCAAUUUUUUCAAAAAUGUUAAUACUUUCAAAUUAUUAAACUGUGAAUAGGCUCUCAAGAUCAAUACUAAUUAACAUACAAAUAGCAAUUUAGAGCCAACGCUGGUUUCAAGGCGCAUACUUUAUUUUAGUUAUAAAUUAGACAUUUGUCAUAUUUUAAACGAAACGAACGUUUUGGUCCCUCCUUUGGACCCUCUUCAGCGUAAUACAAAUACUAAAUUAUCAACAUCGCAUAAAUGUGAAUUAUAUAAAUAUAAAAUAUAAAUAUAAAUGUAAAUAUAAAUUGUAAAAAAAAACCAUUAUAUGAAUCAAAUGCGUUGUCGAUAAUCAUGUCGUUUAAAAUUAUUGUAUUGCAUCCUUGUGAGACCGCGUUUAGAAUGCUUCAAUCAUCUGAACUCUUUAUUACGCAAAUAAGUGUACUUUGCUUGAGAGAAUUUAACAUCGUUUUUUUCGCCAUGUUAGUUUUAACUUAAAUCAAUGAACUUUUUCGAUCAUAAUUAUAAUUGUUUGUUAAAAGAAAUAAAUCUGUUAACGUUAAAGAAUCGCCCAGUUUUGUUGCACUUGGUAUUCGUGUGUAAGCUGGUUAAUGGAUACAUUGAUUCUCCUGAUUUGCUAAAGUCAGGUCAUCAAUUUACGAAUUGCGGAUAAAUCGCUUAGACAUAAUGAAUUAUUUUUUAUUGAAUCUAAUCGUAUCUUUUAUAGAAAAUAUAAACUACUCAACCGUAUGUACUCGUUG